UCCAGGCUCUUCCAGGCGACUUGUGGAUGGAGUUUGUUCUUCUUUCAUGAACCCUCCCUGGGUGCCGCCGAACACAGCGGACGGUAAUUUGUAUCCCAGAAACGCUCACAUUUGUUGACAGCCGUGAUGUACUAGUACAUGGCCCCGCGGAACAUGGAGCGGCCACGACGUCCCCCUGACUUCGAGCACGAUGAUACCAGGUUGAAUGAACAGGGAGACUCAGCUGACGAUACAGCUCUACUUCUGUCUAAAGCAACACACGACGAGUACAAAACAGUCUAUAGAGCAGACCGUCACAUUCGACUCAAUGUCAGUGGUAUGAUUUUUAGAAUCUCGGAGAGCACUUUACAUCAGCACCCCAACACGCUCUUAGGAGACCCUGCAAGAAGGCAAAGAUUCUACUGCCCAGAAACGGAUGAAUAUUUCUUCGAUCGCCACAGACCUAGUUUCGAAGCUAUCUUUGGUUUCUACCAGAGAGGACAAAAGAGAUCUGAACACGACGAAAACAGACUUAUUCGACCUAAAAACGUGCCUGUCGAAAUCUUCUACUUGGAAAUGAAGUUUUUUGACAUAGAACGUGACGUCAUCAAACAGUGCCUGGAGAAUGACUACUACAGCGAGCAUGAGGAGACAGACGUGCAGAUGCCGAAACAUGGCGGGCAGCGGGCGAUCUGGUUACUCUGCGACUUUCCUGACAGUUCUUUAGGGGCAAAGUUUGUUGGGAUGAUUUCUGCCAUGCUUAUUUUCAUCUCCAUUGCCGUAUUCUGCGUAGAAACUCUUCCAGAAUUUCGGCAGUCUGCUCCAGAGUCCCUGCCCAACAGUACGAAUGCAGACCACUUGCGGCUGCUCUACACCCGGCCGCUCUUCCAAGCAGAAACAGCGUGUAUCAUUUGGUUUUGUUUGGAGCUCAUCAUCCGUUUCUUUGCAUGCCCCAACAAGGGCAAAUUCUUGAAGGAUCCGCUGAACAUAUUUGACUUUCUUGCCAUCGCACCUUAUUUCGUUGACGUCAUCAUGGUCGUUGCAGCCUAUCAUGAUUCUUCAAAACCAUCUAGUUCCGUGACCUUCGUUCGACUGCUACGACUUUUCCGGAUUGUCCGGAUCUUCAAACUUUCCCGCCACGUGAAGGGGCUGCGUGUGCUGGGGAAGUCGAUGGUCGACAGCAUCGGGCCGUUUGCACUUCUGAUAUUCCUCAUCAUGAUUGCAAUGACCUUGUUUGGCAGCUGUGUCUACUUUGCAGAGAUGGAACAACCGGAGACCAACUGGCAGAGUAUUCCGGACACGUUCUGGUGGGUCAUCAUCACCAUGACAACCGUUGGGUACGGAGACCACUUCCCACUCACCACGGCGGGGAAAAUAGUCGGCAGCGUUUGUGUCGUUUCCGGUAUCCUGACCUUGGCGCUUCCAAGCCCCGCCAUUGUCGCUAACUUUAACAAAAAUAACGAAAUGUCAAAGAACGUUAUAUCAGAGGAGAUCUUGGAGGAACGGCUGAGGUCAGACAUGGAGAGAAUAAAGCGGAAGACACCAAGGAGUUUGAUAAACGGUUCGGGGUAUCAUUAG